AUGGAGGUGACAGACCGCAUUGCCUCCCUGGAGCAGCGUGUCCAGAUGCAAGAGGAUGACAUCCAGCUGCUCAAAUCGGCGCUGGCGGACGUGGUUCGGCGGCUGAACAUCACGGAGGAGCAGCAGGCUGUGCUGAACAGGAAAGGACCUACCAAAGCAAGACCACUGGUGCAGACCCUGCCUUUAAGGACCACUGUUAACAACGGCACUGUGUUACCAAAGAAACCUAGUGGCUCUCUACCAUCCCCCUCGGGAGCCAGGAAAGAAACAGCUGUGCCCGCCACAACCAAAAGGUAUAGGACCAGCUCCUCCGAGCGAGUAUCUCCUGGUGGCCGAAGGGAAAGCUAUGGGGAUUCCAAAGGAAACCGAAACCGCACGGGAUCCACAAGUAGUUCUUCCAGUGGCAAGAAGAACAGUGAGAGCAAACCCAAGGAGCCCGUCUUCAGUGCAGCGCUUCUGUCCCUGUCUCCGAAAUCACAAGGGAAACGCCGGGUGACACACUGCAAAGAAGAAGGAUACGUAAAAAUGUUUCUUCGUGGACGCCCUGUUACCAUGUACAUGCCCAAAGAUCAAGUGGACUCUUAUAAUUUGGAAGCAAAAGUAGAACUACCAACCAAGAGACUGAAGCUGGAGUGGGUCUAUGGGUACCGGGGCCGCGACUGUCGGAACAACCUGUACUUGCUUCCGACGGGGGAGACGGUGUACUUCAUCGCCUCGGUGGUGGUGCUGUACAACGUGGAGGAGCAGUUCCAGAGACAUUACACCGGCCACAAUGACGACGUGAAGUGCCUAGCAGUUCACCCUGACAGGAUCACAAUAGCAACGGGACAAGUCGCAGGCACAUCUAAGGAUGGAAAACAGUUGCCCCCACACGUGCGCAUCUGGGACUCCGUGACGCUGAAUACACUGCACGUCAUCGGGGUCGGGUUUUUUGACCGAGCCGUCACCUGUAUUGCCUUCUCAAAAUCUAAUGGAGGAAGCAAUCUGUGUGCCGUGGACGACUCCAACGACCAUGUGCUGUCUGUGUGGGACUGGCAGAAGGAGGAGCGGCUGGCCGACGUGAAGUGUUCUAACGAAGCCGUGUUUGCUGCGGAUUUCCACCCCACGGACACUAACAUAAUAGUUACCUGUGGAAAAUCACAUCUCUACUUUUGGACAUUAGAAGGAAUCUCCCUUAUUAAGAAGCAAGGAUUAUUCGAGAAGCAAGAAAAGCCAAAGUUUGUCCUCUGCGUGACUUUUUCUGAAAACGGUGACACCAUUACUGGAGAUUCAAGCGGCAACAUCUUGGUGUGGGGAAAAGGUACGAAUCGGAUAAGCUACGCUGUUCAAGGGGCCCACGAGGGUGGCAUUUUUGCACUUUGUAUGUUAAGGGAUGGCACGCUGGUGUCAGGAGGAGGGAAGGACCGCAAGCUCAUUUCUUGGAAUGGAAACUAUCAGAAACUUCAUAAAACUGAGAUUCCAGAACAGUUUGGCCCAAUCCGGACAGUGGCCGAGGGGAAGGGUGACAUGAUCUUGAUAGGCACAACUAGAAACUUUGUUCUGCAGGGCACUCUGUCAGGGGACUUCACACCCAUCACUCAGGGUCACACUGAUGAGCUCUGGGGACUGGCCAUCCACGCCUCAAAACCUCAGUUCUUGACUUGUGGGCAUGACAGGCACGCCACUCUCUGGGACGCUGUUGGUCACCGGCCCAUCUGGGACAAAAUAAUAGAGGAUCCAGCUCAGUCUUCUGGUUUUCAUCCUUCAGGGUCUGUGGUUGCAGUUGGAACACUGACUGGGAGGUGGUUUGUGUUUGACACGGAAACAAAAGACUUGGUCACUGUUCACACGGAUGGAAACGAACAGCUGUCCGUCAUGCGUUACUCACCGGACGGGACCUUCUUAGCCAUCGGCUCCCAUGACAACUGCAUCUACAUCUACGGAGUCAGUGACAACGGGAGGAAGUACACGCGUGUCGGCAAGUGCUCGGGUCAUUCCAGCUUCAUUACUCACCUGGACUGGUCUGUGAACUCCCAAUUCCUCGUGUCAAAUUCUGGAGACUAUGAAAUCCUUUACUGGGUUCCCUCUGCUUGUAAGCAAGUCGUAAGUGUGGAAACUACGAGAGACAUUGAAUGGGCUACGUACACCUGCACUUUGGGGUUCCAUGUCUUUGGAGUGUGGCCGGAAGGCUCGGACGGAACCGACAUCAAUGCCGUGUGUCGGGCCCAUGAGAGAAAGCUGCUGUCCACCGGCGACGACUUCGGCAAAGUGCACCUGUUCUCUUACCCUUGCUCACAGUUCAGGGCUCCGAGCCACGUGUACAGUGGGCACAGCAGCCACGUCACCAACGUCGAUUUCCUCUGUGGCGAUAGCCACCUCAUCUCCACGGGCGGCAAGGACACGAGCAUCAUGCAGUGGCGGGUCAUUUAGUCCCAGCAGGAAGCGGGGAGCAGAACAGGGGCAGGCACAGACUCGUGCGAGGCCCCACCACUGUGAUUUCUGUUCCGUUUGAGAAGUUCUGACAAACCUCAGGAAAACCACUCCCUCUACCAGUUACCUUAGCUUAGCGAAUCAGUGAGCGUCACACCGGAGCAGUGGUUCACGGUUCUCCUUUGUUGUACAGUAUAUAAAACAGUGCACAUUUAAUAUUAAAAAAAAUAUGCCAGGGUUUACAUUAUGGUGACAUCAACAGAAGUGACUGGUAUAUCCUUCGUAACUUUUCUACGAACCCUUCAAAAAUGGUCACAGAAUGCCUUUUAAAAUAUUGUACAUAGGCUUUACUAUUUCCCCAUCUAGCUCGCUAAGUCAAAUAUUUAUGAUGAUAAUGAGGUACUGAAUUGUGAUCGCUAUUGAUGAAUUGGUCCUGAAAGGAUAAAUCGAUGGAGAAGAGCGUGGAGGACUGAUUUGCACAGGUGAAUCAGGAAAUGCAAAUGUGACUUUAUUUGGUUUCAUUCUCUAAGGGUUCGUUCAGUCCUCCUGGAGGGAGGCUGACGGGAAAGGGGUUGUAUUCUUCUUGUGUUAAGCAGAUUGUACUCCAGAUUAAUUUAAAUAUUUCAGCAGGGUAUGCAGGCACCGUAGAGUUUCAGUGACGCUGUCUGCCUAACCCAACGCAGGCAGCCGCUUCACUCCCUUCUGUCCCGCGCUCACGUGCCCAGAAGAGUGGUGGAGACAUCUAGCCACCUUCUUCUGUAUAGGAGUUGGCAUGAUCUGGUAUUGUACUUGUAUAGGAUUGUAGAAAUUGAUCAUAAAGAUGUAAGGCUAGGCUUUACUAUUUUAUGCUUAUGGACAUUGUAUAUUUGUAUUUUAAGACCAAGUAGACCAAGUCGAAACGGUAUCUCUUAAGUGUACAAUAAACCUGCGGCGGGGAGAAGUCUGGGAGGCUCCACUGGGUACUAAGGGCAGCUUCUUUUCCUGUCUUUCGUGCAUGGAUGGCUCCCUACACUACAAAAUAAGAUCGCAUUCUGAUGAGUAAAACAGAGGUGGCAUACAUUUGUCAAGAAGGCCUUACCCAUUUUGAUUGUGUGACAGAUUGAAAUUUAUUGUUUACAUUAGGGAAUGUAUCUCAGAUUUUAAAAUAGAAGAGUAAUAAACAGACUUAAAAACAAACACUAAGAUUUCUACUUGUUCUAGGCAAGUAAAUGAAUGGAAUUAUCUGAACUCCAUGGCGCGGGUUGUUUAGAGUGGCUGAUUAAGCACAACGUUUGGAAGCAUGUUUAUUACAUCGCCAGCCUGCUGAGCAAAUGUGGGACACCAGUAGACACGUGUAUUAAAGAUGAAUCUGUUUGUAUGUAUCCUUAUCAAAUAUAUUCUAUAAUGAAAUUAAAUCUGAAAAGGAUUUCUUAUUGACCUAUAAUCAUGAAAAUAUAUAAAUUAAAAUAUUUAAAAUUAGAUA